GUUCCUUUUGGAAGAUGCCAGCCCGGAGGUUUGCUGAUGGGGAGGUGGUGAUGGGCCGCUGGCCAGGGAGCGUCCUCUAUUACGAAGUGCAAGUGACUGGUUACAACGAUGUCACUCACCUUUAUACUGUGAAGUACAAAGAUGGGACUGAGCUUGAGUUGAAAGAAAGCGAUAUAAGGUCACAAUCCUCGUUCAAGCCCAGGAAAAGCCAGUCGUCUUCGAGCUCUCCUUCCAGAAGAAACACGAGCAGGUCUCGAUCUAGGUCCCCUGGGCGGCCAGGAAGAGGCAGGCGUCGUUCUUCCUCCCAGAGCAGAGAGCGUAAAGAGGACAAAAAGAAAACUGCUCAGGAAACAGACCUCGUUCUGCUGAAAAUGAAUGAGAACAACACCAGAAGAUACAAUGGUGAACCUGACAGUACAGAAAGAAAUGAUACUUCCAGCAAAAUCUUGGAGCAAAAAUUCAAACCGGAUCUGGAAAUACAGCGUGUGCUUGAUCAGUACAGCUUGCAUUCCAGAAGAGAAGAAAAGAAGAAAGAAGAGAUAUAUUCAGAAAAAAAGAUUUUUGAGGCAGUAACAAGUACUGCAAGUACUGAAAAAGCAUCACCAAAAACAAAGGAGCUCGAGUUUGGUGGAAGAAUUGGGACCUUCAUGAUGAUACUUCUCCUGCCUGCCACGGUGUUGUACUUGCUGCUGAUGUGCAAGCAGGAUGACCCCAGUCUUCUGAACUUCCCUCCUCCCCUGCCAGCUUUGGAAAGCCUUUGGGACACCAAGGUGUUCGGUAUCGUCCUGCUGUGGUUUUUCCUUCAAGCACUGUUCUACUUGCUGCCGAUUGGGAAGGUUGUGGAAGGGCUGCCGCUCUCCAGCGGGAGGAAGCUGCACUACAGGAUAAAUGGAUUUUAUGCUUUUGUUUUGACUGCUGCAUCUAUUGGAGCAUUACUGUAUUUUCAGUUUGAGCUUACCUAUUUGUAUGAUCACUUCCUGCAAUUUGCAGUAUCGGCUGCAGCUUUUUCUCUGGGAUUGAGCAUUUACCUGUAUGUUCGGUCCCUGCGAACACCGGAGGAAGAACUAGCACCGGGUGGGAAUUCUGGGUAUCUUGUCUAUGACUUCUUUACUGGACACGAAUUAAACCCUCGUAUUGGCAGUUUUGACCUCAAGUAUUUCUGUGAAUUGCGUCCAGGAUUAAUUGGCUGGGUUGUUAUCAACUUGGCGAUGCUGUYGGCUGAGAUGAAGCUCCACAAUGAAAGCGCGCCCUCGCUGGCCAUGGUGCUGGUGAACGGCUUCCAGCUGCUUUACGUGGUAGAUGSUCUUUGGAACGAGGAAGCCGUUUUGACUACGAUGGACAUCACCCACGACGGCUUCGGCUUCAUGCUGGCCUUCGGGGACUUGGUGUGGGUUCCGUUCGUCUACAGCCUGCAAGCCUUCUACUUGGUCACUCACCCCACUGCCAUUUCGUGGCCCGUUGCUUCGGCUAUUACUGUCCUCAACUGUAUUGGAUAUUACAUAUUCCGUAGCGCAAAUUCUCAGAAAAAUAGAUUCCGAAGGAAUCCUUCAGACCCUAAAUUGGCCUACCUGAAGUUCAUACCCACGGCGACUGGCAAGGGGCUGCUCGUCACGGGCUGGUGGGGGUUCGUGCGGCACCCCAACUACCUCGGCGACAUCAUCAUGGCCCUGGCCUGGUCCCUGCCCUGUGGCUUCAGUCAUAUUCUGCCAUAUUUUUAUGUGAUUUAUUUCAUCUGCUUGCUGGUUCAUCGAGAAGCGCGUGAUGAACAUCACUGUAAGAAGAAAUACGGCCUGGCCUGGGAAAGGUACUGCCAGCGCGUCCCCUACCGCAUCUUCCCUUACAUCUAUUAACGCACUCCAGAGGGCUCGUUUGCAAGUUACUUCUAAAGUUAGUGUCUUUGCAAAUAAAAAAAAAAGAAGACAAAUACCUCUUACCUUUGCACUUGGUCUGUUUGUCAUUUAGGCUUUUAAAAAGAAAAAAAGACCAAACGCUGAAGUGCAUUCACAGGUAUUUACCAGUAAUCUUACAGCUCUGAGUUAUGUGAACUUACUGUGAUGUCAAAUUAAAAACAAUUGUGAAUUUUCAAACGUCUUGAAGCCCAGUUUUCAAGUAAAAUUGUAUCUAGAAUCCUGAGUUUACAUUUUCUUUUAAUUGCAUUUAAUGAAGCACUGUGAUGUAAAAUAUAUUGUUUUCUUUACAAUAAAUACCUGAAUCCAUCCGGCGCCCCUAGGCUGAGCCCUGAUCCCGCCGUAGCGACGGGCAGGGGGCCCAGCCCGGGCAGCGGAGAGCGGGAGGCCCCGGCCUCGGGCUGCCCCCUGUACCACAGCCGUGUGCGACUGCGUCCCAGCGACUGCGUCCCAGCGGGGCAGCACGAGGCUUCUGCGGUGCAGCGUUGGCGCUGCAACGUGCGAGGGCGCUUCUAGGGCUGGGAGACGUUUUUUAACUACAUCCAGUUCCAGUAMUUUUUUUAAAAAUGUUCUUUUAUGAAAGGUUUUUUGUAAAUUAAUGUAUUAAUUCUUGGAACAAUUGAAGUGUUCAUUUAAAUAUUUGUAUUGACAGAUAUGCUAUGAAAAUGUAGGAAAUGCUCUUAAAUCCAAAGUGUUUCUUGUGAAUUUGGCAUUGCUACCUCAUCUGUAGGUUUUGCCUUUUGUACUAUUGCAAAUAGAGAAAAUAGCUAUUUUUUUGCUAUUGCUAUUUAAAACAACAUUUUUUUACGUGAGCCUGUGGUUAAACCUGACCACUUUCUAAUAUAUUUUUGUAUAUAUUUGACUUUUUAACUAAUGUAUGUGUUUWAGUCAUUAGCUGUGUUCUCUGGCUAACUGGUUGUAAAUCAGACUCCACUGCAGUAUUUACUUUGUAAGUAGAAUAACUUUUACAUUUUAUUGAAAUAAUUCUGCAUUAAUUAACUGUAGCGGCUAGCAUUUAAUUCUCUCUUCACCCGUGGCAGCUUUUCC